UUCACUUCCGCUCGUCCCCGUGCUUUCGGGCAGCUUUAUUCCUGUCCGCGGUCUUCCUGGAUUUGUUUGGGGGAUUACUUUCAGCCAGAAGCCCUCAAACUGGACGGGAGUCACUUUCAAAGUUUCCGUACGGUCCGGUCCGGGCUCUGGGGGGUUGGACCGGGACUUUUAGCGUCGCUUUGCCGCUGAACAUCCGCCCGCUCCGCCUCACGAUGAGCCCGCGGCUCCUCGCGGGUUUGUUCGCGGUCGUGGUCGCGGUGGAGGCGGCGGCGAGCCCGCCGGCGGACUCCGAGCAGCAGGAGUUCGCCUCACUCUGGUCCAUGCUGGAGGACUUUGACGUCCUGCCCUUCUCCAGCCUGCAGACCCACUCGGUGCGUCGGCGGGACGUCCAGACUCAGACUCACGUGGAGAAGGUCCUGAGCUUCAGCGCUCUGCAGAGGAACUUCCGACUAUAUCUGAGAACCAACGACGAGCUCUUCAGCGAGGAUUUCAGCGCCGUGGUGGUGGAUGAGGACGGCCGUGAGCACAACUAUCCGGUCAACAGACAUAACUUCUUCACGGGACACGUCAUCGGGGAGGAGAACUCUCAUGUUCAGGCCCAUAUCGACGACCACGAGUUCUCGGCUCACAUCCUGACUGAUGAGGCCGAGUACAACAUUGAGCCUUUGUGGAGGUUCACCUCAGAAGCGCCUGAUGGUCGUGUCCUAAUCUAUCGUUCAGAGGACAUCAGGAACAUCAGCCGGCUGCAGCAGUCUUCUGUCUGUGGGUAUGUGAGCCCCGUCCUCACUGACGGUCACGGGGCAACCAUCCAGGAGGAUCAGGAGGAAGGUGACACCCGCUCAGGUUCUGCUCUCAGAUCCAGACGGCAGCUCCACGACCACAAGAAGAACACCUGCCCGCUCCUGCUGGUGGCUGACUACCGCUUCUUCAAGCACAUGGGUCGGGGGGAGGAGAGCACCACCCUCAACUACUUGAUUGAGCUGAUUGAUCGAGUGGACGACAUUUACAGAAACACGUCGUGGGACGAGGAGUUCUCUGGUUACGGUGUUCAGAUCCAGCAGAUCAUCAUAGAAAGGAAACCGACACAGGUGGCUCCUGGAAAAAGUCACUUUAACAUGAAAGGGAGUCCAGUGGAGGGGAAAGAUGUGUGGGACGUCAAGAAGCUUCUGGAGCAGUUUAGUGUGGACAUUGCAGACAAAGCCUUCAACGUCUGCCUGGCUCACCUCUUCACCUACCAGGACUUUGAUGAAGGCACUCUGGGUCUGGCUUAUGUGGCCCCAUCCAAACCCGACAUCCCUGGAGGGCUUUGCUCCAAAGCUUGUCCUUCAUCUACAAACCAACAUGGAGCCAUCUACCUGAACACCGGCCUCACCAGCACCAAGAACUAUGGGAAGACCAUCCUGACGAAGGAAGCUGACCUGGUCACCACUCAUGAGCUCGGGCAUAACUUUGGAGCUGAGCAUGAUCCAGAUGACAUCCCAGCGUGCGCCCCCCGGGAGGAUCAGGGGGGCAAAUAUGUCAUGUACCCCAUUGCUGUGAGCGGAGACCAAGUCAACAACAAGCUCUUCUCUAACUGCAGCAAGCGCUCCAUCGUGAAGCGGCUGCGCUCCAAGGCCGCCUCCUGCUUCAGAGAGAGGAACAUCAACGUGUGCGGGAACUCUCGGGUGGAGCAGGGUGAGGAGUGCGACCCAGGGCUGCUCCACAUCAACUCGGACCGCUGCUGCACCGCCGACUGCCGACUGAGAGAGGGUGUUCAGUGCAGUGACAGGAACAGUGCUUGCUGCAAGAACUGCCGCUUUGCCUCCAGGGGCGUGGUCUGUCAGGAGCCAAUCAAUGCCACCUGUGAGGGCCACUCCUACUGCACAGGAGACAGCAGCGAGUGCCCGGCGCCAGAGAACGCUCCGGAUAAAACAGUCUGUUUGGACAACGGGGAGUGUCACAGCGGAGAGUGUGUGCCCUUCUGCCAGGCCGUCCUGAACCUGCAGCCCUGCGCUUGCAACGAAACAAACUCUUCCUGUAAAGUCUGCUGUCGGAGCAGGGGGGGGGUCUGCUCCCCUUACCAGGACAAAAGCGGCAGCUUUGUGUUCCUGCGGAAAGGCAAACCGUGCACAGUGGGCUUCUGCGAUGGAAUGGGGAAGUGCAUGAAGCAGGUGCAGGACGUGGUGGAGCGGCUGUGGGACUUCAUUGAUAAACUGGACAUCAACACUUUUGGGAAGUUCCUGGCUGAUAACAUCGUGGGCUCGGUGGUCGCGUUCUCGCUGCUCUUCUGGGUCCCUGUCAGCAUCCUGGUCCACUUUGUGGACAGGAAACUGGACAAGCAGUACGAGCAGACUGCCAAGUCCCUGUUCUUCCCCAGCAAUGCAGAGCUACUGAGCAGCCUCGACUCGGCAUCAGUACGGAUCGUCAAGCCCCCAAGCUUCCCCGCCCCCCCUCUGCGCCUGCAUCCCAGUGCCCCCCAGCAGACCAACACCCCCCCUGUCUUCAGACCAGGCCCUGACUCAGGUCACACCUCCCCUCCCCUGGACAGCCCCCGCAUGGCCACCAUCCAUGAAGACCCCAGCCUGGACUCCCGCCUGGAUGAGGACGAGCUGGAGGAGGAUUUUGGGCGGGCAGUGGGGGCGGGGUCCGUCCUGCGCUCCUUCGAAGACCUGACGAAGACGAAGGUAACAUGCCGCAGCGAAAAGGCAAAGCUGUACCAACUGCAGAGACACCGUCAUGUUGAAAGCAAGGAAACGCAGUGCUGAGAGGCGGAGCCUCCAGCUGCGGCGCAGCGAAGGCUGCUGGUCUCUGGAGAAACGCACCCUGUUACGGUGCACACACUUCACCAAAAAGUUGGUUUGCCAAGAGGCCGUUUGACGGCUUUGGAUUUAUUUCUAUUAUUGAGAGAGAAAGAGCAAAGGCUUUAACUUCUUCCCUAAAGAUCGUCUUCAAACUGUGAGGAAGUUUCCCUGUGGGACGCCGCCCAACACUGUCUGACAGCUCAGUUUGAUACCAAAUAUGACUUUUGAGUCUGCUUUAAAGGAGUUCUGUUUCCUCUUGAGAAAAACUUGGUAUAUUUUUGUAUAAAGUGUUUUUGUAUGGAGAACCAGGCCUGUGGUUCAAUGUUCAGUGUUUCUCCUCCUUCAUGCUUUUCUAGUUCACCUCGGUCAGUAUUUUGUGUGUACAGUCUGUCUUUGAAGCGUUCCACAUAGGAAUCUGAAAAUUCCUUUUUGUCAUAAAAAUAAGUUUCUUUUUAAUAUGUCCUGUUUAAUGUUUUUGACAGUUUGGGUGGAGAGCUUUAAAAUGAAAAUCCAAAGCACAUUGAGAUCACCAAAUCCACUUUAGAAUAUGUUCAGUUUGUGAAAGUGAGGAUGGUUUUUCUGUCUUAUCUUUUUUCCAAACAUUUGUGUUGAUGGUGGGCAUGUUUUACAACAAAAAAACGUAUUUACUGCAAAAAGCACACACAAAAAAUUGUUUUUUUGUUAUUGAAGCAAACUUAUGACAUUACAUAGUUUAUCAUAUAGUGAAAUGUGUUUUUCUUGUGGGCUGGUGGAUUAGCGGUCAGCACUAACCGAGGUCUUGAACGUGCGUUUAAUGCCUGAUGUGUCCCAGCUUCCCUGGCAGUCAUUCAGUAUUUUGACACAAAAGUUCACAUUUGUUGUGAAAAGUGCACCAAACAAAUAAAACUUGUUUUUGUAUCACUCA